CUUGUUGCUUCACUGGAUAAGGUGAAACUUUUCCAGCGAGACAUUAACGGACCUUUGACACAUUGAAACUUCUCGCUGGGCAAGACAGCUCGCGCGUCCUGUUUUUUCAGCCCAAACUGAAACGGGCUGGGUUUUCAUAGAAAUGUCUCUGGCAGAGCAAAGCCAGCAGUGGUUCCCCACCAGCGUCCAGGUAACGGUGCUUCAGGCGAGGGGUUUGCGGACCAAAGGGAAGAAUGGCACUAACGACGCGUACGCCGUCAUGCAGGUGGCCAAGGAUAAGUUCUCCACCUCGGUGGCGGAGAAAACCGUCGCACCGGUGUGGAAAGAGGAGGCCGCGUUCGACCUGCCGCUCUUUCACCCCAGUAACGCGGAGCGUUGCACCCUACAGGUGUGUGUGAUGCACCGGGCACUGAUGGGACCCGAUAAAGUGCUCGGACAGGCGACCGUCAACCUCCUGGAACUCCAAGACAAUAAAUCCCGUAAUAAAACAGAAUGGUUCAAAUUGAUGGGCAAGACGGGGAAGGCUGAUAAAGACAGGGGUGAGGUUCUCCUAGACAUUCAGUUUAUGAAGAACAACAUGACGGCCAGCAUGUACGACCUCUCCGGACAGGACAAGUCACGCUCACGGCUGGGGAAGCUUAAAGAUAAGCUGAAAGGGAAGAAGAAAGAUGGGAUGUCGGAUUCUGCUUCUGCCAUUGUGCCUUCAGUCAGCCAGGUACUGACUGACAGCGAGGGAGAAGAACCGGACUCCACACCUGGAGCCAAAAAGAAGAAUAAACUCAAAUCUCUUUUCAAACCCAAGCCCUCUCUGCAGCGUAACAUUUCCCAGUCCAUGUCCACGCUCGCCACCCUGCCUGAAAAAGACUCGGCCAUCAGUCUGAGCAGAUCUUCUGGCCUAAAUGUAGAGUCUCCUGAAGGCAAAAAGAAAUUUAAAUUUCUGAAGCACAAGCGGACCGAAAGCUCUGACAGCAAGGUUUCCCAGGGCACCGGCUCUCUUGGACUGGGCAUGGUGCAGAGCAACGUGUGCAUCAACGGCAGUCAUGUCUACACAGAAGAACCAGAGAGCAGAGGAUCCAGGGCUGGUUCCGCCUUCAGCCUGAACAGCUCAGGCCACGGAUCCAUGGAGGACCUGCGCAGAGGUCAUGACAGGAAAACCUCUAGUACCUCAGUGGACUCUCUUAAAACCUCUGACCUACAAACUCAAGAGAAUGCUGUGGAACAGAUGCAAAGAAGACAAGAGGAACAGAGGAAACGGGAAGCGGAAGUCAGGAAAAGACUAGAGGAGGAACGGAGACAGGCUGAAGAGGAAGAGAGGAAGGAAGAGGAGAGGAAACAGAUUGAGGAAAAAGAGAGAUUGGAGAGGGAGGAGGAAAGGAAACGGUUGGAAAGAGAGGAAGAGGAGAGGAGAAGGAUUGAGAGAGAGGAAGAAAGAAAGAGGAUAGAGAAGGAAGAGGAACGGAAACUGAUUGAAAAAGAGGAGGAAAGAAAGAGGAUAGCGAGGGAAGAGGAGAGGAAACAGAUUGAGGAAAAAAAGAGAUUGGAGAGGGAAGAGGAGAGGAAACGUUUGGAAAGAGAGGAAGAGGAGAGGAAAAUGAUUGAGAGAGAGGAGGAAAGACAGAGGAUAUCGAGGGAAGAGGAGAGAAAACAGAUGGAGAGAGAGGAGGAAAGAAAGAGGAUAGAAAGGGAAGAGGAGAUGAAACAAAUUGAGGAAAAAAAGAGAUUGGAGAGGGAAGAGGAGAGGAAACGACUGGAAAGAGAGGAAGAGGAGAGGAAAAGAAUUGAGAGAGAGGAAGAAAGAAAGAGGAUAGAGAAGGAAGAGGAGCGAAAACUAAUUGAAAGAGAGGAGGAAAGAAGGAGGAUAGCGAGGGAGGAGGAGAGAAAACAGAUGGAGAUAGAGGAGGAAAGAAAGAGGAUAGAGAGGGAAGAGGAGAGGAAACAGAUUGAGGAAAAAAAGAGAUUGGAGAGGGAAGAGGAGAGGAAACGACUGGAAAGAGAGGAAGAGGAGAGGAAAAGGAUUGAGAGAGAGGAGGAAAGAAAGAGGAUAGAGAGAGAAGAGGAGAGGAAAAAGGAAGAGGAAAGGAGAAGAAUUGAGGCAGAGGAUAGAGAAAGAAAAAGGAUUGAGCAGGAAGAAAUGAUCAGAAUAAAGAACAAACAGGAAGAGGAAAGAAGGAGAGCUGAGGAGGAGAGGAUCAAAGAGGAGAAAAGGAAUAGAAUGGAGGAAGAGGAAAAGGAAAAGGCUAGGAAAGAAGAAGAACAGAGGAGAAUGGAGGAAGAGAGACUUGAGAAUGAAAAGUUGCGGAAAGAAGAAGAGACAAGAAUGAUCGAGAUGGAAAGAAGACGUGCUGAAGAAGAGGAAAGACUACAAAAGGAAAAGGAAAAGUUGGAAGCAGAGGAAAAGAGGAAAAGGAUGGAGGAAGAAGAGAGAAGACUGUCUGAGCAGAAAGAAAGAAGAGAACAAGAAAGGUUACGUUUGGAAAAAGAGAAGCUGGAGCUUGAGAACAAGAGAAUGGAAGAAAGGAUGAGAGAGGAGCAGGCGCGGAAAAAGGCUGAUGAAGAGGAGGAGAAGAGGAAGCUGAAAGAGAAAGCAGACCAGGAGAGAAUCAGGCAAGAGAAAGUAGAAAUGGAGAGACAGAAGGAAGAGCAAGAACAGCGGCCUGUGGUGAAACCCAGGAGUGCUCGACUGAAUAAGAGUAAAAAAGCCCCUGGUGAGAUUAACCCGGACUACGUCCCAUCUGCCAGUCCCUUUGAAGACCCUCUCUCAUUCGAUGAGAGUUACACCAAUCCCACGGUUUCUCAAACUGAAGCCCUGAAUCAGUCCACCAAAGUCUCUGCAGUCAAGCCAAGUUCUUCUGUUUCUGGAAUCUCCUUUUCGCAAGCAUCUAUCCCAAACACCAAUCCAUUCUUAGAUGACUCUGAUGUUGAUAGUGGAAACACUGAGAAAGUUGUUAAUUUCGGAGACACCACAGAAAGGUCAGAUAAAAAACGACGUGCACCAAUGCCUCCCCUGAACAAGAAGACGCAGAUGGGAAAAACAGACAUCCCUCCAAGAGCACCACCAAUUCCUGAAGCCACACAAGCUUUUCUAUCUAGAGGAUCUGAGGACGAUGGAGACAUGGAUUCCUGCAGUUUACAACGGGACAAACGUCCUGCACCUUUACCACCAAAGAACAAGCAAGAAGUGCAAAAUGGACAUGCAGUCCAAUCUACUACACCUCUUCAUACCGGAGAACAGAGAACCACUAGAUUCCAGGAAAAAGACCAGACUACUAAAGUGCGACCAGUUUUGCAAGAUGAGUCUAGGACCUCGGAUGCAGUCAAUUCUGGGAACACCAGUUUAACAAAUCUUAGCCAGGGUCAUCCCAGUAACAGACAAGAAACCAACCCUUUUAUAUUUACUGAGGUCAAAACAACUAAACACAACAAGGGCCCAGCUCCAAAGCCUUUAUUACAGUCAAAAUGUUGCAAGACAUCUGCAUCUGAAACAGAACCCAACAACCUAGCAAGAAGUAAUUUCCAUUUGACUGGACACAAAACCAUUGCUCCCUCAAUCUCUUGCAUUGAUCAACUAGAUGAGUUGACUGACAACCUUGAUGAUCUUCUUGCAUCUGAAGAGCCUUCUACCAAACCCGAGCCUGUGCACCCUGAUGACCUUUCCUCAGAUUUACCAGAAAAGUCUAAACUAGUCUUUCUUGGAGAAGACGUACCUUCAAGGUCUGAUCCAGUCAUUGGAAAGGUUCUCUGCAAUGUGAAUGAUCCUAAGAAUACUGAAAAUGUUUUGCUUGAGAGUGGUGUUUUCAAAAAGAAGAGUCGGGCCCCAUUGCCUCCUGCCAAAUCAGCAUCCGGCCAGCAACCAGAAGCUCCAUUGAACUCAACCAGUCAACCCAACAUACAAGAUCAAGACAAGUCACUAACUAUUAAUAGUAGCAAGUCAACUUCUUGUUUUACUGAAUCCCUGGUGAAGUCAUCUUCAACCUCCAGUCAAGUUCUCCCACUUCUGAGAAUGGAAGCAGGUCAUGGGUCAGGGCACCGGCCUCUCCCGCCUGCCCGAGUGUCAACUAUUGAAGUUCAGCCCUUCACUGGGCAGAAAAAUGGGAGUGAAAGUGAGAGAGCAGGUGAUCCUUCCUUCAAACCCUGCAGGCCCCAUGCAGUGAAACCCCUGAGCACCACUGACAAGCAACCAGACCUCAGAGAGACCCAAGACGGUUCCAGACCUGCUAAAAUUACAGAUGGCAUACAAGUCAAGAUGAAGGCCCCAGAGGCUAAAGGGAAUGGGCCGUACUCCCAGCUAACCUAUGAAGAACUCAUUAACUUGUUGGAAAAGCAGAAGCAGCAGCUUUCUCAGAAGGAUGCUAAGAUUGGGGAACUGGAGCUUUAUAUAGACAAUCUUCUGGUGCGUGUCAUGGAGGAUAGCCCCAACAUCUUAAUGUCCUUGAGCUCCAUGAAGAAGUCAGUUUGAGUACUUUUGUAGCAGACUGUUAUGUAUUUAAUGUUCACUGCAAACACAAAUAUGGGAUGAACAACAGUACAAGGUUGUGGGUAAAUCACAGAGGUUUUCACUAAAGCCAGUAGCACACACACUAGUGCGCUGAAGAUCAGGGUGUAUACCGUCUUGGACACAAUGGUGACGACAUGAAUGUUUGUUGUUUGGCUUACUUCAGAUCCACCUAACAAUGUGUCUGAUGCAUUCUUGUAUAUGUUGAAAUAAAUCAUAUGUAAAGUAUUUCCUUCAAAGGUUUUUACUCUCCAUUUUUGUCCUAUUUGAAUUAGUGUUACAUAUAUCAUCUAUUCAAUAUUUUGGUCAAAGCGUUGGACGCAACCCGUGUUAUAUAAAUGAACAAAAUAGCACUACAUAUAUUCUUUUUUUUAAUUUUUUAUACGUAUUACAAAGCUGUAAAAUAUUUUGUAGACAGAUCUCUGUAUUAAUACACUGUUUCCUUUUCAAUUAAGCACUUUAAAAUAAUCAGUUCAUUUAUAAAUAAAGAAGGCUAUGUGAUCAUAUGUAUGUUAUGCCUUUUGUCAUGUCAGCUGAAAGCUUUAUUCUUCUCUGCUUUUGAAAUAAAGAAUGUAACAGGCGUGGCUCUACAAAGGGCAGCGUCACAACA